UUACAUGACAUUCAAUAAAAAUUAAAUAUUAAUAAAGAUUUUUAUCAUAGAGAUAAUGUAGUAACUCGAGUUAUCACCUAAGCAUAAAAACUAGUUUUCCUUAAAAAAAAAUUGUUUUCCUUCCCUUUACUAUUUACUAAUCAAAUAAUAAAAAAUAAAAAAUAAUCUUUUAAAAAAAUGUUUCGAUCGAAACAAACAAAUUCUUAAUAUCCCGACGUUUAUUCAGAAGAAACUUCGGUAUUCCGUAUAUGGAAGCAUGAAGUAGGAAGAAUAUAACACAUAGCAGUCACAUUAGAGAGCCCAGCCUGAACAAAAUCAGGCUUCAUUGUUGAAACCCUAACAAACAUGGCGGGUAACAACCCCAAAUCAUCAUCCACCACCACCACCAACCGUCCUCCUCCUUCCUCCGAACGCAAAUCUCGCUGGCAAUCUUCUUCCUCCGCCACCCCCACCACCACCACCACCACCUCCGCCGCAAAUCCCACCUCGGGAACCCCAUCAAAACCCUCUCCCAGCAACGCCAAACCCCCCAGCGACACCAACAACGCCGCAACAAGGUCGUCCUCUGAUAAACCCACCCCAAAACGCAGCUCACCUUUCCCGUCUUCCGUCGGUCCUCCACCUCCUCUGCCGCCUCCUACUUAUGGGUUCCACAUGCUUGAUCGUCGCACCAUUGUUCUUGCUGACGGCAGUGUUCGAUCCUACUUCGCUUUGCCUCCUGAUUACCAAGAUUUCACCCCACCUCCUAGACCCCCAAUUGGGCGUUUUGGGCCGCCUCAUGAGUUGGGCCGGGUGGGGCCGAUGAGCCCAGAUGGUUUUCGCGGUAGGGAGGAUCAUCCCUUUGGGUCUAAUUCUAUGUCAAUGAAGAGGAAGUUUGGUUUUGGGGAGGAGAGAGAUAGAGAUAGAGAUGGGGAUGAGUUUGCCAGGCAGAAGCAGCAGCUCUUGCAGUAUGGCAAUGCCGGUGCCGGUGCCAAUUUGGGUUCGGGUACUAGUAGUCCCUUUAGACGUGACGAUGAGUUUCGAAAUUCCAAGAUUAUGAGGGCUGGUGCUGGGUUUGAUAGUGGUGGUGGUAGUAAUAAUGUGGGUUCGAGGCAGGAAGUUCAGAUUGAUCCUCCUAUUAUGAAGGCAUAUCUUCAUUUUAUUAAGUUGAUUUAUGAGAAUCCUAAUCAGAAAAAGAAUUACUUAGAGAAUGGCAAGCAUCUUCAAUGCCUCGUCUGUGGCAGGUCUUCAAAAGAGUUUCCAGAUAUGCAUGCUCUUGUUAUGCAUACUUACAAUUCAGAUAAUGCUGAUUUGCGAGUGGAUCACCUGGGCUUGCACAAAGCUCUCUGUGCCAUAAUGGGGUGGAGUUUUAUGAGGCCUCCUGAUUCUUCCAGGGCCUAUCAACAUAUGCCUGCCGAAGAAGCGGCUGCAUACCAAGAUGACUUGAUCAUGUGGCCACCCAUGGUGAUUAUUAAUAACACAAAUACCGGCAAGGGUAAAGAUGGCCGUAUGGAGGGUUUGGGAAAUAAGGCAAUGGAUAGUAAACUUAGAGAUCUUGGCUUCUCUGGUGGCAAGUCGAAGUCCUUGUACAGUAGAGAUGGUCAUCUGGGCAUUACUCUUAUUAAGUUUGCAAGUGACCAGUCAGGCCUGAAGGAGGCCAUGCGAUUGGCUGACCACUUUGAGAAGGAUCACCAUGGGCGUAGAGAUUGGGCCCGUGUACAAUCGAUUACUACUGAUAAAAAUGAGGAGAGCAAUCCAAAUCUUGUGAUGGUAGAUCAGAGGACAGGUGAAAGGAGGAGAAUACUGUAUGGAUAUCUUGCUCUAGCCUCUGACCUAGAUAAAGUGGAUUUUGAAACUCGAAAAAAGGUCGUCAUAGAAAGCAAGUUUGAGAAACUCCAACCAUCCAUGUGAUUUUAGUGAUUUGUUUCUGCUCUAGUUAAUGAAAUCAAGUAGGUGUCAAAUCUUUGGAAGCAGCUCCAUCAUCAAUGUUGCAGUAUAAGGUUGAGGCACGACUUUGCCAGCUCUUGAGAAUUGGCAACUUGCUAUCUAUGAUAAAUGUGGUAAAGAUGGCCUGUUUACUUGGAUCAACUUGGCAUUAUCUUGAUUUUGUGGGAAUGCUGAAGAGAGGUUCUUUUGUUCCCCUUUAAUUUUUAUUUUUUUUUAGUUUAUGCGAAAUCCUGCAAGGGUGAUUAAUGAACUGCUGUUCCUGUAUGUGGAUUGAAAUUUGCUAGUAAAUGGGAGAGUAGAAAGAAAAGUAGGCUAAUUAUACCUUCAAAUAGGUAGGCUUGUGAAUUUGCACAGGCCUAUCCAUGGGCAUUGUAAUGACCUUAAUUUAUUGCGAUUGGCAAAUGGUUAUUAUGGUGAUUGGUGAUGUGUAGGUCCAUUUGUGCCUGUGAGAAUGUUUACGCAAUUACUAGUAAUAAUAGAGUUCAUUGAGCCUUUGUCAUGAAA